CAAUAAUCUGCUUUUGUGGAAUCCCUGGUUAGAGUUGUGUUUUAAACCAAUAUGCCUUCUGCUGUCACCAAGUUUGUGGGUUUAUUUGACAAGAGAGAAAGUUUCUCUUGGACUUAGCCGACAAUGCCCAUAAUUUCCUAUUGAACUGGCUUCAGAGAUAUCCACCAAUCAAAACCCAAGAUUUCUUCAUGUAAGGUGGGAGUUUCGCAGGCAGCCACCAUGUACCAUAACUUGUGGAGCAUGGUAGGCAAUCUAGAAGCCGAUUAUUGUUAUGAUUAUAAUGCCUUGCCAAGAUAUGCUUGGACCUGUUAUGUGAGACCAAACCAGCUCUACUUCAAAGCCAAACAAGUGUAGUCUUCAAAGUCUCCAUACUAAUUUGCCUGACCUUGAUGAGUGCAACAAUUUCAUGAACAAAGUCUUUGAAGAAUACAGAGAUGGACAUUUUCAGAAAAAAGAGAGACAUCAUCAACGAUUUCUCUCUUGGAUCCAUGGUAACUAGAUGGCUGGUUUUAGCAUGUUCCUUGAGAAUUGUAGCAUUGAUCUUGCUGAACUUUGGACUUCUGCGUUGCUCUCCUUCUGGCUUUAGAACUUCACAUUAACAAUACCAGCCACCACCCUCAUAGGAACAUCAUCAAGAAAAUCACUAGCACUACCAAUACCAGGAGGUGGAGCCCGACAGCUACACCGCUGAUUGGAUGGCUAAAAGCCUAAAAGUAGUCUUGAAAUCGUCAUCUUGUGUUUGAAAUCCCUUCCAAGGGUAUUUUGGCUUCUCAUUCUGGCUGAUGCUGAUAGUAUUGCAUCCCUAGAAUUACUAAAUAAGUCAUACCCUUUUGAGUCUUGAAGCAUAUAUGUCAUGUAAGGCUUAGCACAUCAGCACCCUGUCAAUUUUCAGAACAUUGAAAUUCAGAGUUCAAUUUCGGAUAGUCAAUAGAUGUGAUUUAAUUUGAUUCAGCAAGCAGAUUGGCGUCAUUUUUACCAUCAAAAUUUUUUAACUUUGCCUCAUUUUGCCACAUCUUCUACAACUUUAGUUGAGGAUAAGGAUAAUCCAUUACUCCGGCAUCUUCAUUCCACCCAUUUCCAGAUUAUGCACAAGGAUAUAUUUGCUCCCCAGAAUAAUUUUUACAUUUACAG